GAGCGCGCGCCCAUGGAGGCGCCCGGGCUGGCCAAGGCGGCCAAGGCGGCCGCGACGGACCCCGAGCCUCGGGAGAGCCGUGGGGAGACCCCCGACGGGGCGCCCGCGCUCUGCCCCAGCCCCGAGGCGCCCUCGCCCGAGCCGCCAGCCUACCGCUUGCAGGACUUCGACACGCUGGCCACCGUGGGCACCGGGACGUUCGGACGGGUGCAGCUGGUCAAGGACAAGGCGGCCAAGCAUUUCUUUGCCCUGAAGGUGAUGAGCAUCCCCGAUGUCAUCCGCCUAAAGCAGGAACAGCAUGUACACAAUGAGAAGUCGGUGCUGAAGGAAGUCAGCCACCCAUUCCUGGUCAAGCUGUUCUGGACGUGUCACGACGAGCGCUUCCUCUACAUGCUGAUGGAGUUCGUGCCGGGCGGCGAGCUGUUCAGCUACCUGCGCAACCGGGGCCGCUUCUCCAGCACCACGGGGCUGUUCUACUCUGCGGAGAUCGUCUGCGCCAUCGAGUACCUGCACUCCAAGGAGAUUGUCUACAGGGACUUGAAGCCGGAAAACAUACUGCUGGACCGGGAGGGUCACAUCAAGCUCACCGACUUCGGCUUCGCCAAGAAGCUGGUGGACAAGACGUGGACCCUUUGUGGAACACCCGAGUACCUGGCCCCUGAAGUUAUCCAGAGCAAAGGCCACGGGAGAGCCGUGGACUGGUGGGCGCUCGGCAUCCUGAUAUUUGAGAUGCACUCGGGGUUUCCUCCGUUUUUUGAUGACAACCCAUUUGGCAUUUAUCAAAAAAUCCUUGCAGGCAAAAUAGAUUUCCCCAGACAUUUGGAUUUCAGUGUAAAAGACCUCAUUAGGAAAUUGCUUGUUGUUGACAGAACCAGACGCCUCGGAAACAUGAAGAAUGGAGCGGAUGACGUGAAGCGACACCGGUGGUUCCGAACUGUGGAUUGGGAGGCGGUCCCACAAAGGAAACUGAAGCCCCCCAUCGUGCCCAAGCUAUGCGGUGAGGGCGAUACCUCCAACUUUGAAGCGUAUCCCGAGAAUGACUGGAAUACGGCCCCUCCAGUGUCACCGAAAGAUUUGGAAGUCUUCAAGAAUUUCUGA